CACUGGUUCUGCGCGCUUGUGCCGUCCCUGGGUGGCCAUUACUUGGCGAAGAACUCCCUUGUGUCGGCUGCGAAUCCGUCGUGUUUCGUUGAGUUCGUGUGCAUCUCUGCGUGUGUUUGUGCUUGGUGCGGCUCGUGUCGAAAUUUUUGGAAUGAUGGCCGAUAUUGCCAGCUACGACGGCCACGCCGCGAAACGGCAGCGCACCGACGAAGGCCGGGAUCGUGGUUACGGAAACAACCAGCAGCAAGGCUACAAUUACUACAACAAUCAACGAGGGGGAGGUCGAGGGCAUGGUAUUUUGUUGGAUCAGAUUUUUCGGCAAGAGGAAGAGAAGCCCAACCAUGUGCUUCUGAUGACCAUCCUUAACCCUGCCUACCCUAUCACAGUGGACGUCAUCCACACCAUCUGCACUCCAAGUGGCAAGGUGAUGAGAAUAGUGAUCUUCAAGAAGAAUGGCGUUCAGGCGAUGGUCGAGUUCGACGGCGUCGAGGCGGCGGUGCGUGCCAAGAAGUCUCUCAACGGGGCCGACAUCUAUUCCGGAUGCUGCACCCUCAAGAUCGAGUACGCCAAGCCCACAAGACUGAACGUCUACAAGAAUGACAACGAUAGCUGGGACUACACUAACCCCAACCUUGGCAAGAGUGGAAGUGAGCGCCCAGCCCUUCUUGGAGAGCCUCGUGGCUUUGGAAACUACAAAGACAGCAGCACUGAGCCAGAGUAUCAGCACUAUCACGAAGGAGAUGGCAGGGGCCCUGCCUCUGGUCCCGGCUAUGGCCCCGACCGUGGUGACUAUGACUACGGUCCGAGGGGAGGCCAGUACAACAGCCCAGGCGGUGGCUACAAUGACGGCUACGGAGGACCCCCCAACGGCCCCCCACAGGACCGCUAUGGCGGCCCACCGCAUGAUGGGUGAGUUACAUUUAUUUUUGGCACAUGGCAUGGCGUGCC